AUGUCUUCCUUCUCCGCCCAGCCCAUCGUCAUUGACGGUAAGGGACACCUCCUCGGUCGUCUCGCUUCCAUCGUCGCCAAACAGCUCCUCUCUGGCCAAAAGGUCACCGUCGUCCGAUGUGAGGAGAUCAACAUCUCUGGCUCCUUCUUCAGGAACAAGCUCAAGUACCACGACUACCUCCACAAGCGACACAUUGUCAACCCCAGGAAGUCUGGUCCCUUCCACUUCCGAGCCCCCUCCAGAAUCCUCUUCAAGGCCAUCCGCGGUAUGAUCCCCCACAAGCUCUCCCGAGGCGCCGCCGCCCUCAAGCGCCUCGAACUCUUUGAAGGCGUGCCCCCCGCGCAGGACAAGAUCAAGAAGAUGGUUGUCCCCGCCGCCCUCCGAGUGCUCAGGUUGAAGCCCGGAAGGAAGUUUUGCACUUUGAAGAGGUUGAGUGCCGAGGUUGGGUGGAAGUAUGGAGAUGUUGUGGACAGGCUUGAGGAGAAGAGGAAGGUUAAGGGCCAGGCUUACCACGAGCGCAAGACUGCCGCUCUCAAGCUCCAGAACAAGGCCGCCGCCUCUGCCCCCAAGGCCGACAACCUCAUCCAGUACGGUUACUAA